AAUUCGACUUUUUGCUAGAAAACCCCACGUUGGCAUCUCGGCAGGUGCCCUCAGUUGGAGGGAAUAAAAGCCCUUUGAAGUCGGUUUGGUGAGCAAACUCUUUUGAAUGUGUUUUGCAAAGGCUGAAUGUGCUUAUAUUAUUUUUUUUUUUACUCAUGCUCAGACUUCUUCUCGCAGUGGAGCCAUGGAAGAGAGUUAACAGGCUUGUGCUCUCUUUCAGGCAGUCGGCUGGCCACCCCAGAAGUGCCUGUGAGCCACGUGCAGGACCCCCCAGACUUGGGGCUGGUAACAAGUCACGUUCAGAUGCAGCCUGCCUACUGAGCUGUCCUGGGGUGCAUUUUGCAGGUGUGAAUCAGUUGUACCCCAUGUCCAUAUGGAACAUCCAAAACUCUCCAGCUUCGCUGGACCCACCUGCAACUUCUCCAGUGAACUCGCCUGUUCAGAUUCAUGACGAGGAAACGGCUUUGACGGGGCAGGAUCCUGGUUCUCCUCUUUCUUACUUGCUGAACACAGUGCCCACCGUGCCCCCUGUUCCCCAUCAAGCCUUGCCAGGGGUCCAGGGUCAAAGCACAUCCUUGGGGCAGAUGGGAGGAGCAGCACAAGUUUUGACCCCAGGACGGCUGCCAACUCCAGAGCCCCCUCCGCAGCCACUGCCAUGUCUGAAGUCAGCCCAGGGCCCUGGCACCCUGGCGGAGCCCCAUAUUGGGACCAGAGAUGCUGCCUCACACGGGCUGUUGGGUAAACGGCGAAGACUAGCAGAAGGGGGAUGGAGGGCGUCUCCUGCCGGUCCCGCUCCCUCGGCCCUGCCUGAGGCCCCAGCUCGGUCUUCUCCAGUGACUCUCGAGUCCUUGUACCGCUCGCUGGAGGACCUGAGGAUCUCUGUCCUGCGUAACUUGGGAGCUGUGCACAGGCAGGUGGAAGCUCUGGAGAAGAGGAUUCAUUUGCUAGAGCGCUGGCGGGCGGAGAUGGAGGGACGUCAGCAGCUGCCAGAACCGCAGCAGCCGUAGCCCUGCUGGUCUCCCUUCCGUUCCACCUUUCCGUGUACAGAAGCCACAUUCUCAGGACGGUUCCUUGUUUGACUCCCCUUUUAUUCCCCAACGUUUCGAGCGGCAGACAGUUCAUACAGUUCUUCGGAAGGCAGUGCCUGUUGCCGGAGACGUGCCUGCCCAGGACAUUCCCCGCCGUGGUUCUUCCAGGGCCGAACGGCCAUGCUGCCUAGUGCUGGAGGAUGGGGGCGUUGGGACAGCCCCUGAGGUCAAAGUGGAAGGGAUGUGGAGGCGAAUGCUGCUCCAGAAACGGCUCAGCAGUCACCGGGUCCUGGAGGGUGCGGAUGACUCGGGCUGCGCAGACUGAGGCAUGGGGAGAAGCCGUGGCAAGCGAUGGUGGGACCUGGACCGCUCUGGCAGCCGGACCCCAGCCUGGAAGAUCAAGCUCACGCUCCUCUCCUGUGGCUGCUUGCGGCUGAGCUCCUUGCCUGCCUUCCUGACGGUGAACCGUGUGCCUGAAUCCGGGACCGUCCUGGGACUUCUCAUCUGCUCCUUGCACUUCGUUGUCCCCGGAAGAGCCUGCGCCCGAGCUCGGCAUGGACACUGGCCUCACUUCUACAAGCAGCCUGCCCUUUCUGAACUCCCAGCUGAUCUUAGCCGGCUUGUCUUGUCUGCUGAGCGAGGGGGUUGUGGCUCUGAAACGGGACGGGAGGCUCUCCGUUGUAGCAGAACUCACACCUAGCCGGCAGGGAGCAAAGCGUCCGUCUGGACAUUAGUCUGUCCACCCAUGGGAAUCCUCUCGGAUUCAAGUUGAAUUGGAGAUAGGAAAUUCGCUUGAUUUGAUUCGUGGUUUUAGAUUUGAUGCGAUGCAGUGUGAUUCGAAAUUAAAGAUUUGAAAAGGAA